AUCGACCAGUCACAAUAGCGCUUCAACGCAGCAGUCUUCAGCGAAAUAUUUCGUCACCUCGUCACCUUCAUCGACCUUGAACACAUCGCAACAACAGCAACAGUCGAACCUGUCUGCAGCUGCCUACAGCAAUCCGGCUCGACCCUACUAUGGAAAUCCAUCGGCUGCUGCAGUAAUGGGCACUGCGGCUGGUGGUGGUCUUGGUGUCGGGCUCCGAUUAUCGCAUCCAAAAUCGGAAUCACUAACGAUUUCAAGCACUUCGAGUGUUGGAAAUAUUGUCGCAACUCGUAGCAGUUCAGCGAANCAUAUAAUGACGGGAGGUGAUGGUGGUGGUCAUGAUUAUGGUUGUAGCCAGGAAUUGGGCACUGUUGCGAUGAGCGUCGAUAACACCACUGAAAAAUCACACAAAACACUGCGAAGGUAUCGCUCGCUCACUUUUCAUUUGUUUCUUUUUUUUUGCUUAUUUCUUUUGGUAAAAAAUCACUCGAAAUGA